AUGGAGACUCAGGCCCCCCAGAGCCUGAGUUUGGAGCCUUCGGGGUCGAUGCCCUGCGGAGACCCACCGCUAGCUGAGGAGAGCCCCGAUCCAGGCACCCCGAUCCAGGGAGGGGGCGGCGGCGAAAGCUGCCCCAACUGCCCGGACGCCCCUGCUCAGAGCCCCCAGCUCUCCCAAAGAGAUGCCAGCCUUUUGGAUCAGGAGCUGCUAGAUGCCCGCCGCUGCUGCCGCGCCCGCUCCUUCUCCCUGCCUGCGAGCCCCAUCCUAGAAGCAGCCAAGUUACUGCAGCAGCAGCAGCUGCAGCCUCAGCCCGGGGAUCCCGGCGCUGAGUGGGGCGCGACGGAACAAGAGGAGGAGCUGCUGAGCCCGGGCGCCUGUUGCACCAAGUGCAAGAAGAGGGUGCAGUUCGCCGAUUCCCUGGGGCUCAGCCUGGCCAGCGUGAAGCACUUCAGCGCCGCCGAGGAGCCGCAGGUACCCCCAGCCGUGCUCUCCCGUCUCAAGAGUUUUCCCAUGCGGGAGCGAGACAUGGAGCAGAUUGGGGACCUGCUGGCCGCGGCCUUCUCCCCGCUCCUGCCGGAGGGGAUCCGCUCCACUCCGGCUCCAGUGCGGCAGCUGCCCCGCCUGCAGCCUCUCUUCCAGCUGCCGGAGCCCGGCAGAGCUGCCUCCGAGCGCCUCCGUCGUCAGCGAGUGUGCCUGGAGCAGGUAGACUGCGGCGCGCCUCCGGCCUACGAGGUGAAGGGCUCCGGCCGGGUGUUAAGCUGCGCGGGACCCCGGGAGGUGACCGUGCGCUACACCUUCACCGAAUGGCGUUCCUUCUUGGACUUGCCCGCUACGCUGCAGCCCUGCCAGCCAGCGCAGCUGGAAACGCAGGGGCAAGAGGAGCAGCCCGAGCGAACUCAUCUAGAUCCAGGGACCGGGAGAUCUGAGGACGGGGCUGGGGACCCCGGCGGGCCGGACACCGAGCGCUUUCACUUUUCCCUGUAUUUGCCUCCGGGACUGCUAGGGGAGAAGGAGGAGGAGCAGCAAGGCUUCAACGUCCACUUCGCUGUCUGUUACCGCUGCGCGCAGGGUGAGUUCUGGGACAACAACACCGGGGCCAACUACACCCUGCGCUACCCUCCCAGCGGCUGCCAGCUGCCGCAUCCCACGCAGGUGCCUCCCGAGGGCAGCCUCGAGAGCCCUCACUGAACCGUGGAUCUUCACCCCUUUCCUCUUCCUUUCAAAUGCAAACAUUUGUCAAGUGAUCAGACUUGGAGAUUUGGGG